AACGUUUCCAUUUUCUGUCUCGAUACUUUUUUUCGUCAAAAUCUAAAACCGUAGCUAUGUGGAACGACGAAGCCGAUCGUUUGCUACUAAAAAACUUCGGUUCCCUUUAUCCUAGUAAGUGUUCAGAACUAAUUAGGGUCUUAGGAGGCAGGUUUUCCAUUGAGCAGUGUUUAGAAAGAAUUGAUGACCUUGAUCGGAAGAAGAAGAACAACUGGUGUGCCUAUGACGAACCAGGUGUUUGCAAGAAAAAGCAUCUUUGUAACUUUCAACACAAAAAAGUCUAUGAAAGGGUUGGCGAAGAGAGGGUACUAGAGGUUGAUCCUCUGAGAACUCUUGCAGAGAAGAAGAUUGCCAGGAUGAUGCAAGAAUCCCAAGAGGACAAAUGGCGACAGAGGUUACGGCUCGGAAUCCACAUGUGGAGAAAAAGAGUCAAUCUUACAAUACAGAGAAAGGGGUUUGAGAGAGAGCACAAAGGGCUUGAGAAGCAUGUCCAAGCACAUUUACGCAAACAAGAUGUUGCAAGGAAUAAAAUUGCUCAGAGACAGGAUGCUCCAGCUGCUAUAUUGCAAGCGAAGAAGCUGAAUGAUCCGGACGCUGUUAGGAAGAGGUCAAAGAUGUGUUGCGCCAGUGACCUUCUUGCCAAGAAUGAGGAGCUAACAGAAGGCAGUGCUGCUACUCGUGCACUUUUGACAAGUUACUCACAAACACCAAGGCAAGGAAUGACACCCAUGAGGAGGACGCCUCGAAGAACUCCUGCUGGUAAAAUGACACCCAUGAGGACGCAUAAAAGAACUCCUGCUGGUAAAGGUGAUGCUAUUAUGAUGGAAGCAGAAAGCCUCGCCAGAUUAAGAGACUCUCAGAAACCUUUGCUAGGAGGAGAAAAUCCUGAGUUGCACCCUUCUGACUUCACUGGGGUCACUCCGAGAAAGAAGGAGAUUCAAACGCCUAAUCCAAUGUCGACCCCUUCAAUGUCUCCUGGUGUUUCUGGUCUUACUCCAAGAAUUGGCUUGACGCCAUCAAGGGAUGGUUCUUCUUUUCCUAUGACACCCAAAGGGACUCCCUUCAGGGUUCAACUUCACAUUAAUGAAGACAUGGACAUGCACGAAAGUGCAAAACUUGAGAGGCAGAGACGAGAGGAAGCUAGAAGGAGUUUACGCUCUGGUUUGACUGGGCAAAUAGUUGCACAACCUCCUCGAGAGGAAAGUGAAGAGCCAGCAGAGAAAAUUGAGGAAGACAUGUCAGACAAGAUAGCGAGGGAAAAGGCUGAGGAAGAAGCAAGACAACAGGCAUUGCUUAAGAAGAGAUCCAAGGUUGAUGAUAAGAUGGUAAGAGAGGAGCUUCUACAGUUGCUGGAGCAUGAUAAUGCAAAGUAUCCGCUUGAUGAGAAAGCUGAGAAGAAGAAAGGAGCCAAGAACCGUGCCAACCGUUCUGCUUCUCAAGUUCUUGCAAUUGACGAUUUUGAUGAAAAUGAACUCCAAGAGGCUGACAAAAUGAUAAAGGAGGAGGGGAAGUUUCUUUGUGUGUCAAUGGGACAUGAGAACAAGUCACUUGAUGAUUUCGUAGAAGCUAACAACACAUGGCGUGAAUCAGAGAGCCAAUAGUUUUUGAGCCACUAGAGCUACACUAGAGCUACACAACGGUUAUACGUUGAACUUUUGAUGUGGUGUUCUCUUCACCACCUUAACUCUCAGUUUCUCUCCGUUUUGUAUCUCAGUUUUAACAAAGACAAAGAGUAUGG